AUGGACGGUGAUCCGAAGGUCGAGUCGCAGCUCGACUCGUUCAGCUUGACCUUCCCCCUCCCUUAUCGCAUAGGGUUCAUCAUCAUUCUUGCCGUCUGGGGCUGGGGUGUUAACCUGCACUACCUCCACAAAGCGAGGAUCGAUGUUCCAUCUCUGAUUCGAUAUCCCUCUCGAUCCUCCCCGACGGAGCCGGCGCAUCACCUCUCGACCUACCGUCUUGCGACCGUCCUUUCCACGGUGUUCUUCCUCUCGAUAUCGACAUUCUGGGUCUUCACUCGACGAACCCCCUCCCUCGUUAUCGAAUAUGACUGGUUACCAAUGACCUACCUCGUCACCCUCGUCGCUCUGUUUUUCGUCCCGAUUCGCAACUUCUCGCAAGGCGGCCGCUCGCGGUUUCUAGCCACACUGCGCCGCGUUAGCAUCGGUGGCCUGGCAGAGGCCAAGGAUGGCAAGUUUGGGGAUAUUCUUCUGGCCGAUGUGUUGACGAGCUACUCCAAAAUUCUGGGAGAUCUCUACGUCGUGCUAUGCAUGUUCUUCACACCCUCGGGCUCCUCGACUGCUCGGCCAGACCGCAACUGCGGCGGGACAGUCAUAGUUCCGCUCAUCAUGGCUGUGCCAUUCGCGAUCAGAUUUCGGCAAUGCAUUAUCGAGUACCUGCGCGUUCGGCGAGCGCCUUACAAGGAGUCUGCCGGCUGGGGCGGCCAGCAUCUGGCCAACGCCACCAAGUACGCCACGGCCUUCCCGGUCAUUAUCCUCAGCGCACUGCAACGGAGCAUCCCGGCCGACCAACCGGCGCCCGGUCUGAACAGAGCAUGGUUGAUGGCCAUGCUGGUUAACUCCCUCUACUCCUGGUAUUGGGACGUCGCCAAGGACUGGGACCUUACACUGUUCUCGUCCGCGCGCGAACGCAACAACCCGGAGCAUCCGUUCGGCCUUCGCCGGCAACUCGUGUUCCGGCAGCCGAUCAUCUACUACGGGGUCAUCGUGAUGGACUUGAUGCUGCGGUGCACCUGGGCAGUCAAGCUGAGCGCGAACUUGGACAAGUUCACCGACUUUGAGAGUUCUAUUUUCCUGCUGCAAUCGCUCGAGGUGUUUCGACGGUGGGUCUGGAUCUUCUUCCGGGUUGAGACGGAGUGGAUUAGGAACAACACUACGGGGCUGGCGGUUGACGACAUCUUGCUGGGAGACUACCAGGGCAAGUAUGAUUCUGACGAAGAUUAG